UUAUUCCUUUUGCCCUUUCCGCUUUCCCUUUUCAUUUUUCAAAACCCACAUUUCCUCCCACCACCUUCAAACAACGUCGUCCGAGCUGGAGACCGAUUCAACUCUUCAUCGACUCGGCCUUCUAGGGUUUCCUAUGAACUGAUUGAUUUCCCAAAUCUGAAAAUGUCUCGAGUUGAGCAGCGAUGGGAGCAUCUAGUCCGUGCCGUAUUGAGCAGGGAGAGGAUGGGGGCUGAUGCGUAUGGCCGGCAUGCUACUGGAAUUGCUGGAAAUGUUCCUUCCUCACUUGCAAACAAUAGGGAUAUUGAUGAAAUUCUGAGAGCUGCUGAUGAAAUCCAAGCCGAAGAUCCCAAUAUCUCCAGAAUCUUAUGUGAGCAUGCUUAUUCUCUGGCUCAGAAUCUGGAUCCCAAUAGUGAAGGAAGGGGAGUUUUACAGUUCAAGACUGGAUUGAUGUCUGUCAUUAAGCAAAAGCUAGCAAAGAAGGAAAGUGGAACCAUAGAUAGAAGCCAGGACAUUGCUCGCUUGCAAGAGUUCUACAAACUGUACAGACAGAAGAAUAAUGUAGAAAAGCUGCGGGAGGAAGAAAUGAAGUUGAGGGAGUCUAGUGCUUUCAGCGGGAACCUGGGCGAGUUAGAGAAAACAACAGUGAAGCGGAAAAGAGUUUUUGCAACUCUAAGAGUUUUAGGGAUAGUUUUGGAGCAGCUGACUGAGGAAAUUCCUGAAGAGUUGAAACGGGUAAUGGAAUCAGAUGCGGCAAUGACCGAGGACCUAAUUGCCUACAAUAUUAUUCCUCUGGAUGCUCCCAACAUUACAAAUUCUAUUGUUUCUUUGCCUGAGGUACAAGCAGCAGUGUCAGCGUUAAAGUACUUCAGUAACCUACCAAAAUUGCCAUCAGAUUUUCCAAUCCCUGCUACAAGAGAUCCAGACAUGUUUGAUUUUCUGCAUUAUACUUUUGGAUUUCAGAAAGAUAAUGUCUCUAACCAGCGCGAACAUAUUGUUCACCUUCUCGCAAAUGAGCAAUCUCGGCUUCGUAUUCCUGAAGUAAUUGAAGCUAAAUUGGACGAGGCUGCAGCACAAAGUGUAUUUCUGAAGUCCCUCGAGAACUAUAUUAAAUGGUGUGACUACUUAUGCAUUCAGCCAGUUUGGAGCAAUUUGGAGGCAGUUACCAAGGAAAAAAAAUUGCUAUUUGUUUCUCUGUACUUUCUGAUCUGGGGUGAAUCAGGCAAUAUUAGAUUCCUUCCUGAAUGCUUGUGCUACAUAUUUCAUCAUAUGGUAAGGGAAAUGGAUGAAAUUCUAAGGCAGCAGAUUGCACAGCCAGCAAACAGUUGUACUUCUGACAAAGAAGUUUCUUUUCUUGACCAAGUUAUCUAUCCUCUCUAUGAGGUUGUGGCUGCGGAAGCUGCAAACAAUGAUAAUGGAAAAGCACCACAUUCUGCCUGGCGCAAUUAUGAUGAUUUCAAUGAGUACUUCUGGUCACUUCAUUGCUUUGAACUUAGUUGGCCGUGGCGCAGAGUGUCAUCUUUUUUUCAAAAGCCAGUACGAAGGUCAAAGAAUAUACUUAAAUCUGGCAGAAGUCAACAUCGAGGAAAAACUUCAUUUGUUGAGCACAGGACAUUUCUCCAUCUAUACCAUAGUUUCCACCGUCUUUGGAUAUUCCUUGUGAUGAUGUUUCAGGGAUUGACCAUAAUUGCAUUCAAUAAUGGAAAGCUUGAUUCGAAGUGUAUUCGGGAAGUUCUCAGCCUUGGUCCAACAUUUGUGGCAAUGAAAUUUCUUGAGAGUGUUCUUGACAUACGCAUGAUGUAUGGUGCAUAUUCUACAACAAGGCGCCUAGCAGUUUCUCGAAUUUUUCUCCGAUUUGUUUGGUUUAGCGCUGCAUCAGUGGUCAUAACUUUUCUUUAUGUGAAAGCUCUCCAGGAAGAGAGUAAACCAAAUGGAAACUCAGUUAUUUAUAGACUGUAUGUGAUCAUUAUAGGCACAUAUGCUGGUAUCCAGUUCUUCAUUAGCUUUUUUAUGAGAAUACCAGCCUGCCACAAUCUGACUAAUCAAUGUGAUCGCUUUCCUCUGAUUCGUUUUUUCAAGUGGAUGCGCCAGGAACGGCAUUAUGUUGGACGUGGGAUGUAUGAGAGGACCACUGAUUUUAUCAAGUAUAUGCUUUUCUGGCUUGUGAUUUUGAGUGGAAAAUUUUCAUUUGCUUAUUUUCUUCAGAUCAAGCCAUUAGUGAAACCAACUAAGACAAUUGUGACAAUGUCUCCUAUACGCUAUACUUGGCAUGACUUAGUUUCUGAAAACAAUCAUAAUGCCUUGACAAUUGCUAGUUUAUGGGCUCCUGUGAUACUUAUUUAUCUUUUAGAUAUCCAUGUAUUUUACACCAUUAUAUCUGGUGUGUGGGGAUUCUUGCUUGGAGCAAGAGAUCGACUUGGAGAGAUUAGAUCACUGGAAGCACUUCAUCAACUUUUUGAGCAAUUUCCUGGAGCUUUUAUGAACAAUCUUCAUGUGCCUCUUCCUGACAGGACUUCCCAACAGCCUUCCAGUGAGGACCUUGAGAAGAACAAGGUUGAUGCUGGUAGAUUCUCUCCGUUUUGGAAUGAGAUUAUAAGAAAUUUGAGGGAAGAAGAUUAUAUCACCAACUUAGAAAUGGAGUUGCUUGCCAUGCCUAAAAACUCUGGAAAUCUUCCCUUGGUUCAGUGGCCCCUUUUUCUUCUCUCUAGCAAGAUAUUUGUGGCCAAGGAUAUUGCUGUUGAGAGCAGAGAUUCACAAGAUGAACUUUGGGAGAGAAUUUCAAGAGAUGACUAUAUGAAGUAUGCCGUCCAGGAGUGCUUCCACAUCAUUAAGCUAAUCUUAGAUGAAAUAUUGGAAGGCGAAGGAGGGAAGUGGAUUGAACAGGUGUACAAGGAUAUUCAUGCAAGCAUAGAGAAGAAGACUGUUCAUGUUGAUUAUCAACUGACUAAGCUGCCACUUGUGAUAUCAAGAGUUACUGCAUUAAUGGGAAUUCUGAAAGAAGGGGGAACACCUGAACUGGAGAAAGGUGCAGUUAAGGCUGUUCAAGAUCUUUAUGAUGUUGUGCACCAUGACAUCCUUUCUAUGGACCUGAGGGGAAACUAUGAGACAUGGAAAUUGUUGUUAAAUGCAAGGACAGAAGGUCGUCUGUUUGCAAAGUUGAAGUGGCCUAAGGACCCUGAGUUGAGAUCGCAAGUCAAAAGAUUGUAUUCACUGUUAACCAUUAAAGAUUCGGCUGCCAAUGUACCUAAAAAUCUGGAGGCAAGACGCAGGCUCGAGUUCUUCACAAAUUCCCUUUUUAUGGAGAUGCCUGCAGCAAAGCCAGUCCGUGAGAUGUUAUCGUUCAGUGUGUUUACUCCAUACUAUGCUGAGAUUGUGCUGUAUAGUAUGGCUGAGCUCCAGAAGAAAAAUGAGGAUGGAAUAUCAAUAUUAUUUUACCUUCAAAAAAUUUAUCCAGAUGAGUGGAAGAACUUUCUUGCCCGAAUUGGCCGUGACGAAAAUGCUCUUGACUCUGAACUCUUUGACAAUUCCACUGAUAUCCUUGAGCUUCGUUUUUGGGCCUCUUACCGAGGUCAAACAUUAGCCAGAACAGUUCGUGGAAUGAUGUAUUAUAGGAAAGCUCUUAUGCUUCAGACCUAUUUGGAGAGAAUAAAUUCUGGAGAAGGAGCAGAUGUGGAGGGUGCAAUUUCCAGUAAUGACGCAACUGAUACUCGAGCGUUUGAGUUAUCUCCUGAAGCACGUGCUCAUGCUGACUUAAAGUUUACAUAUGUUGUAACAUGUCAAAUAUAUGGAAAACAGAAAGAAGGCCAAAAACCUGAGGCUGCAGAUAUAGCAAUGCUUAUGCAAAGAUAUGAGGCUCUUCGGGUUGCUUUUAUUGAUGAAGUUGAGACUUUGAAGGAUGGUAAAGUGCACAGAGAGUUCUAUUCAAAACUCGUAAAGGCUGAUAUCAAUGGGAAGGACAAGGAAAUCUACUCCAUAAAACUGCCUGGAAAUCCGAAACUUGGUGAAGGAAAACCGGAGAAUCAAAACCAUGCAAUUGUAUUUACUCGUGGAAAUGCAAUUCAGACAAUCGACAUGAAUCAGGAUAACUAUUUUGAGGAAGCUUUGAAGAUGAGAAACCUACUUGAAGAAUUCCAUACUGAUCAUGGUAUCCGUACGCCUACAAUUCUUGGCGUUAGAGAGCAUGUCUUUACAGGAAGUGUUUCUUCUUUAGCAUCAUUCAUGUCCAAUCAGGAAGCAAGCUUUGUAACUCUAGCUCAGCGUGUUCUUGCAAAUCCUCUGAAGGUCCGUAUGCAUUAUGGUCACCCUGAUGUGUUUGAUAGAGUGUUCCACCUAACUCGAGGUGGUAUUAGCAAGGCUUCUCGUGUAAUUAACAUUAGUGAAGAUAUCUUUGCAGGAUUCAACUCAACUUUACGCCAAGGAAAUGUGACUCACCACGAGUAUAUUCAGGUUGGCAAGGGACGAGAUGUUGGGCUCAAUCAAAUUGCUGUAUUUGAGGGGAAGGUUUCUGGUGGUAACGGUGAACAAGUUCUAAGUCGAGACGUAUACAGGCUUGGGCAGCAAUUUGAUUUUUUCCGGAUGCUGUCAUUUUAUUAUACCACCGUUGGCUACUAUUUUUGUACAAUGUUAACAGUGCUGAUGGUAUAUGUUUUUCUUUAUGGAAAAAUAUAUUUGGCAUUAUCUGGUGUUGAGUCAAGGUUGACGGACAUAGCUUUGGUGACAAAGAAUACAGCGCUGACUGCUGCUCUUAAUACCCAAUUUCUCAUCCAAAUUGGUAUCUUCACUGCAGUCCCAAUGAUUCUAGGCUUCAUCUUGGAACAAGGUUUCCUGAGGGCCAUAGUCAGUUUUCUCACAAUGCAGCUGCAGCUUUGUUCUGUCUACUUCACAUUCUCUUUGGGUACAAAAACUCAUUAUUUUGGCCGGACUAUUCUUCAUGGUGGUGCAAAGUAUCAAGCAACAGGCAGGGGAUUUGUAGUUCGUCACAUUAAAUUUUCAGAGAACUACAGGCUCUACUCUCGCAGUCAUUUUGUUAAAGGAUUGGAAGUAGUGCUUUUGUUGGUCGUGUACCUUGCCUAUGGCGAUAAUGAUGGGAGUGCUCUAACAUAUAUUCUUCUCACAGUGACCAGUUGGUUUAUGGCACUUUCUUGGCUCUUUGCUCCAUAUUUGUUCAAUCCGUCUGGUUUUGAGUGGCAGAAGAUUGUAGAGGAUUUUCGAGAUUGGACAAAUUGGCUUCUUUACAGAGGUGGAAUUGGAGUUAAGGGUGAAGAAAGCUGGGAAGCUUGGUGGGAGGAAGAACUGGCACAUAUUCGGACUUUUGGUGGUAGGAUUGCGGAGACAAUUUUGAGUCUGAGAUUCUUUAUCUUUCAGUAUGGCAUUGUCUACAAGCUAAAUGUGAAAGGAGACAGUACGUCAUUGACGGUGUAUGCCAUCUCAUGGGUGGUUCUGGCAGUGCUUAUACUCCUUUUCAAGGUGUUUACCUUCAGCCAGAAGAUAUCUGUUAACUUCCAGCUUGUGCUGCGUUUCAUUCAAGGUGUAUCCUUCUUGUUGGCACUUGCCGGUUUAGCAGUUGCAGUUAAAUUUACAGAUUUGUCAAUUGCAGACGUUUUUGCUUCGAUUUUAGCCUUUAUACCCACUGGGUGGGGAAUCCUUUCUAUUGCUAUAGCUUGGAAACCGUUGAUGAAAAAACUUCACCUGUGGAAGUCCAUUCGUUCCAUUGCCCUUCUAUAUGACGCCGGGAUGGGGAUGAUCAUAUUCAUACCCAUUGCAUUAUUCUCAUGGUUCCCAUUUGUAUCGACAUUCCAAACGCGGCUCAUGUUCAACCAGGCUUUCAGCCGAGGGUUGGAGAUCUCUCUCGUCCUUGCCGGAAACAACCCCAACACCGGAAUAUAGUCACCGAGUUUUUGUUCCCUUUGUGUAUCAUUUUAAGUAGCUUAUGUUCCCCGGUAAACGUAUGGGUAGCGUGUAAUCUUUUUGGUUCUUUGAUCUAGCUUGUCCACUAAUCGUUGUAAAUACUAGUGUAUAUCAUUGAUCGUGUCGCAUUUCGCCAUUCGGUUUAGUCGCUUGUGUGCCGCUUUGUGUACGAGGAAUGUAUACUGAUAAUAUAUACAGUUUUUAGCGACCAAACUAUCAAUGAUUUUCGAGAUUUUGUGGCUUGAA